AAUAAGAAAUAGUAACAGAAAAGAUUUCUCUCUUUUGAAGGGAAAGGAAAUUAUGUGGCAAUAUUUUUGGCCUCAUAUUGUUUAUCAUUUAAUUAGAUGGUUCCCGAGAAACAAUAGAAUUAAAAUGUGAGUUAACUAUUCAAAAUUUAACUAUAUUUCGUUACACUUUUAUUCAGCAAACUUGAAUUGAAAGGUUUUUUUGGGGGAAUGUAAAUAAACUGAAAAUAUUUUUUUCUCUUCUUUUGCUUACAGUCGAAUUGUUCUCUUCAUUUUUACGUUUGCUUUAAUUAUUCCACAAAUUGUUGUACUCUCUUUCGAGCAUACGAAACGUUACUGUGCUCAGCCUCUUUUGGAAUUGCUAAUUCUAUCAUUAGUCCUAACACUAUGCCUUUGCGGAUUCUCUGUAUUAUUUGGAAUAAUGGAUCCAGUUCCUUGGGAAGUAAAAUUGGUUUUCCAUAUAUUCGGUUUGGUAACGUUUAUUAGUGGACUUGUUACUGUAGGCUAUACAGCUCAAGCCGGCUAUUGCAGGAUUAGUACCAAUGAGCUCUAUUACUAUUCAAUUGCUGCUUGUGUACUGAUACUACUCUCUACCGUUUAUUUCGUCUUCCUAAUACCGUUUUGGAUUGCUGAAAGAUUUAAACCGGAUAUUAUUCUGGAUAGAAAGCAGCGAGUCGGUUGUUUUGAAAUCUCGGCAACAUCAAUGCUUGCGAAAUUGAUACAGGCAGCGUACAUUUGCACCAAACUUAUUCCAGAUUUAACUAAUGCUAUAGGAGCGCACAGAAUACAUAUUGCCGAAUAUAUGCCAAAACUCAGUGGACCAAGAGGAACUACAGGUCCCGGUGUAAAAUAA